AUGUUUUUUGCAGAGCUAGUGAGCUUCUACAAGUUCCCUGGGGAUGAAAUCCCGAUCAUUAGAGGUUCAGCGUUGUCUGCUUUACAGGGUACAAAUGACGAGAUUGGAAGACAGGCCAUUCUAAAAUUAAUGGAUGUUGUAGAUGCAUACAUUCCUGACCCUGUUCGCCAACUUGACAAGCCCUUCCUAAUGCCAAUUGAAGAUGUGUUCUCAAUUCAGGGACGUGGAACAGUUGCCACUGGCCGUGUUGAACAAGGCGUCAUUAAAGUCGGUGAAGAAGUAGAGGUGUUGGGUCUAAUGCAGGUAUGUAUGUUCAUUGAGUCAUUUCCUAUAUAUAGCUGCCCUCUGAUCCUUCCUGUUAAUAAACUGAUAUUAAUUAUUCUUUCAAUAAAAACACUACAGAUUAAUCAGAAACCUUUCAUUAAAGACAAAACAUCAAUGUAUAUUAAUUUCUUACAAACAAACAAUAAACCAGUCGAAAUUAUUCCCCCCAAAUAA